ACAUCGAUACCAAACCCUUACAUAUAACCAAGGCUCAGAGUUCAUUAUAAACAAAGGUUCCAUCAACUGAUCAACACUGCCUUGCUGAAUCACAGCCAUGGCAUCAGAGCUGCUGAGACUGGGAAGUUCCAUCCCAGUACCUAACGUCCAAGAGUUGGCCAGAAAGCCCAUGGUCACAGUCCCACCUCGAUACCUGCGACCCGAUCAGGACCCUCCUGUCAUCACCAACGCAAAUUCUCUUCCCACAAUCCCUGUCAUUGACUUGAACAACCUGCUUUCUGCAGAAUCCAUGGACUCAGAAUCAGCAAGGCUUCACUCUGCUUGUAAAGAUUGGGGCUUCUUCCAGUUAACAAACCAUGGAGUAACUUCUUCAUUGGUGGAGAAAAUAAAGUUGGAGAUUCAGGAAUUUUUCAAACUCCCCUUGGAAGAGAAGAGGAAGUUUUGGCAGGAACCAGGCGAUUUGGAGGGAUUUGGGCAGGCCUUUGUUCUAUCUGAGGACCAGAAACUUGACUGGGCAGACAUGUUUUACAUCACAACCCUUCCCAUGCAUCUAAGGAGGCCCAACUUAUUUCCCAAGCUCCCUCUUCCUCUCAGAGAAACCUUGGAUGCUUACUCAUUGGAGUUAAAAAAUCUCACCAUGAUUCUCUUAGAGCAGAUAGCCAAAGCUCUGCAAAUGAAAGCUGAGGAGAUGAGAGAACUACUUGAAGAUGGGAUACAAUCAAUGAGGAUAAAUUACUAUCCCCCAUGUCCUCAACCAGAACUUGUCGUCGGCCUCACACCUCACUCAGAUUUCGUAGUAUUGACCAUUCUCCUGCAAGUAAAUGAAGUUGAAGGUCUCGAGAUAAGAAAACAAGGGAUGUGGAUUCCGGUUAAACCCCUUCCAAAUGCUUUCAUAGUGAACGUUGGAGACAUUAUGGAGAUUGUGACAAAUGGAGCAUACCGUAGCGUGGAGCACAGAGCAACUGUGAAUUCAGUGAAAGAGAGGCUCUCAGUUGCCACAUUCUACUUCCCAAAUUUUGAAAGAGAGAUAGGGCCUGCACCCAGUCUCAUCAGCCCACAAAACCCAGCAGUUUUCCGAAGAGUGGGAAUGGAGAAGUUCUUCAAGGGAUACUUUACUCGAGAACUCAGUGACAAAUCAACGCUCGACAACGUCAGGAUUGAAGAUGGAGAAGGCAGCAGCAGCAGAAGCAAUUGAAUUUUGCCAUUAUACACAAUAAGUAAGAUGGAUCCCUUUUCCAAUAAUUUCAUCCUUGCUUUCUGACCUUCCAAAGUAAAAAACAUUGAAUCUUUGGUAAUUGUGAAUGGUAAUUUACAAGUUCUGAUAUUUUAUUUUAA